GACAAGAUGGUGGCCACCAGGAGAGGUACACGCGUGGGCUCCCCAACGAAAAAUACUAGCGAUGAAGCUUCUGGAGUCACGGAGCCCACUCCUUCAACCAGAAGAACACGACGAAGAACUAUAAUAAAGGAGACACAGUCGCAGUCGGAACUCACUAGUGACUCUCAGCCAGAUAAGCCAAAAGAUGAUAGUGCUGCCCCUUCCUUACGAGCAAGUCCACGUAAGAGAGAAACUAGAAGAUCCAGGCGUCUUCCUGCAAAUAAAAAACAGCCUGACUCUACCCAUGAAGCUGAUGUCUCGGAAUCAGAAUCCUGUUGCUCUGCAGUUUCAGAUGUGCAUGCGACACCUAGAACUCGUAGAAGAACUGCGGUGCGGGAGAAACCUAAAGGCACAACACAGGAUGAAGCAUCUGAUGCUGAAUCCUGCUUAUCUUCAGUUUCUGCGACCCGUUCACCCAGAGCCCGACGUAGCCUGAAGAAACGAGCUCAGACUGCAGCAGCCUCUAAUGCUGCAAAGGGUGAUGAUGCCAGGGAUCUGUCAGGGGCAGAGUCUUGUAGCUCUGUUGUGUCUUUCACUAAAGUUCUGGACACUCGUAGAAUAACCAGGAGCCACAGAAAAACUGUGGUUGCCACCACAGAAGCAGACCUGUCAGAACAAGAGUCGUGCUCGUCUAGUGUUUCCGCCCUUCGGGGCUCAGUGGUUCGCAGGUCCACACGAAACCAGAAGGUAAAACAAACUGAACCAAUCCCUUUGAACUUGGAAGAUACCACAGACACCCCUUCCUCUCCAAGGUCCAGCAGAUCAAGAGACCGUAGACGCAAGGCAAAGUCAGGAGUUGAAGACGUAUAUAGCUCUGAAGGAUGCAAAUCUGGUCCUAGCAGGAGUCCUUGGAGAUCCACCAGGCGUCAAGCCAAACUGAACACUUUGGUUGGCGAGUCCGAUUCAGAAUCGGUAGCUACUGAUGUAUGCACCUCUCAAGGUAGUCCAAGCUCUUUAAGAGGAUGGGGAACUCCUUCUAGUAGCCGAACUGGCUCUGCCAGUAGUAACCGGGCUGUUCCUGUAACCAGGACAAGAAGCAAAGCAAGAGAUACCUCUGAUUUGAGCAUUACCGUAACAAAAUUUGCUGCCAUGCCUGAGAAAAAACAAGAGGGCAAAGAGCAUGAGCCAAUACCUCCCCAUCCUGAAAGUCUUCCAGUACCAAAAGAUGAGAAAGUUGAGGACACAGUGGAACAGUUGGACAGCACCAUAACCAUGGACACCAGUAAAGCCCAGGAGAGCACCAUGAUUGAGGGCACAUUUGGAGAUCUCACUCUAUUUCUCGAGCAGGAUGAGCCAGUCGAAAGUAGUGCGGGUGCAGAAGUCGAAAUGCUGGAACCUCCGAGCAUGCAAGAGACUGAGUGUCAAGUUAGAGGCGUGACUGUGUUUGAAACUGCAGACCUGGUGGAGGACUGUGGGACAGAAACACAGGUGCAUCAAGAAGCCAUGGCUGAAGUGGAUUUUCAAGUAACUGAGGAUAGAGCAGACACUGGAGAUGUUGCCAUGGAAAAUGAGCCAGAGUUUGUGGAAGCAAACCAUGCUUUUGAAGAUCAGGCAUGUUCUGAGUCUGCCAAAACUGCCAACCUUGUGGAGGACUGUGGGACUGAAACACAGAAGCAUCAAGAUGAAACCGUGGCUGAAGUUGGCAUUACAGUAACUGAGGAUAAAGUAGAGACAGGAAAUUUUGCAGUGGAAGAAAAUGAGCCAGAGUUUGUAGAAGCAAACCAUGCUGUUGACGAUGAUGCAUGUUCUGAGCCUCCUAGGGAGCAUACAGUAGGUGCCACCUCAGAGGAUCCUGUACCAGCUAUGGAUGAGAACAUUAUGAUAGAUAUUGAGGAACUUGAAAUUGUUGACUGUAAGAAAGGCGUUGUAGUUAUCAAUGAUCCUAGUGACACCGUUAAGGCAACUGUGGACGAAGCUUCUAUAACAUUUACUGAUGUGGAAGGCCCCUCGUCAAGCUCGAUUACUCAAGCUGAUUUGCCUACUGCAGAAGAACCAUUUAGGAAAGCUCCUCCACAGAUAGGAAUGAUCAGUUUACUAGACAACAGCGAGGAUGAGGAGAGUGCUGAUGAAGGUCUAUCAGCAGAUGAAGAGGAGGAGGAUCAAUCACAGAAAGCUGAAAACAUGCAGAGUGUAGAAGAAUCAAUGUACUCUUAUGGAAAUCAGAUGUCAGUAGAAGCAGAGGCUCACAGUAAUGGAUUGUUUGUCAUAGACACUAGGCCCGGACUACGGCCUGAGGGAAAGUACUAUGUUGAUGCAAAGCAAACAGAGGAAGAGGAUGAGGAGGAUUUUGUUGACGAGGAAGGCGAUGAAGACGAAGACAAAGAUUCAAAAGUGCUUUUUUCAUCCAAAAAGCCACUGACACAAUUAUCCAGUUCCAUUGAUACAGGUCUGAAAAUGAAGGAACUUGGUGGUUUGUACAUCAGUUUUGAUGGCAGCAAGCCAAAGAGUCUUUCCAACAGUUUGAAAAUGCAGAAGAAGCAGAACAAUCAGGAUGAGUUGCUGAAGAAGAGUGUUAUUGUUCCGGAUUUGGAGAAGAAAGAUGCUGUACCACCUUACAAGGAAUCAAAGCAUGCUGCUAAACUCAAGCGCAAGUUGGAAAGAGAAAAGACCGCUGGUGAUGGCUGGUUCAACAUGAAAGCCCCUGAAUUAACAGAAGAGCUCAAAAAUGACCUGAAGGCAUUGAAGAUGCGCUCGGCCAUGGACCCCAAGCGCUUCUACAAGAAGAACGACAGAGAUGGAUUUCCUAAGUACUUUCAGGUUGGCACAGUGGUUGACAGCCCAGUGGACUUUUAUAAUUCCCGAAUCCCCAAGAAACAAAGGAAAAGGACCAUUGUGGAGGAGCUGCUUGCUGAUGCAGAGUUUAGAAGCUAUAACAAAAAGAAAUAUCAGGAGAUCAUGACAGAAAAAGCAGCACAUGCUGCUGGCAAGAUGCACAAAAAGAAGCAUAUUUUCCAUAAAAAGAAAAUGAAUAAAUAAUUUAGUAUGGUAAAUGACAUUUUCCUUCUGUUUGUGAUAUUUUUAAACAGGAAUUUCACUCUAGUAAAUAUAAGGCUUUUAGUUUAUAUAUGGCUUAUAUUUCUUUGCAACCAAUGUAAAUUCAGUGCUUGCGUAAUUCUAAAAUGUUAGUGGAUUAUUGAAAGUGAUGUUUUUUGGCAUGCAAAAGGAUUCUUCAAAACAUUAAUUUUUACAAAAUUUGUACAGAGAAAAACACUGAAUUUACGCUUUUCAAACGUUUUUCAUUGAAAAGAAAAAAGUAUCCUGUGGAAAAAGUGUGGAUGGAUAAUAAUUUGAUUGAGAAAACGAUUAAUUACAAACAGUCAUUAUGUCUGACGUGGCUUAUCUUUGUGGCUUUGUGGAUUAACAAUAAAUCAAGUCAAACAAA